UUUGGUUUGAAAUAACAGUUACAAAAGGAUUACAAACAUGAAAUAUGUAUACAUUUUAGUGGUGUGUUUUUCUAUAAUGACUUUGGCUACGAUCAGGGCUCCAGACGAGGACCGAGAUCUACUCGAUGUCCGACAUUGAAUCCUGGGAUCAGAUGCUUCCGACACUACGAUCAGUGUCCGCGAGUCGGUGUCUAUUGUGGACGAAGUUUCUCAAAGUGUUGUCCCGGAGAGUGCGGUAAUAAAUGUGUGAAAUAGACAAUCAUAUACUCUAAUGGUUUUAAAUAAAUUAUAGUCUAUGAUAGACCUCAACCACUAAACAGAUAUAUUUUUAAAAAAGUGAUUUUUAUUACAAAAGUUUGUAUCGAGAAAAAGUCAAAACUUCAAUGUAUUAAAGCAAUAAAUAAGUGAAAAUAAGAGUUAAU